AUGCUCGGUCGCUGGAGACUUCGCGCGCGUUCGCGCCCCCGGCUGCCCGCGGCGGCCUUCCUCCUCCUGGCCGUGGUGACGUCAACUUUCGCCCCCGGCGUUUCGGACGCGGCGGCGACCGACGGGGUCGCGCGACUCCGGCACGGCGUCCGCCCCGGCGAGCUCCUCCUCGAGCGGCGCGUGGUGAACGUCUCGUCCGAGCUCGCCGCGGAGCGGGCCGGGACGAAGCCCGCGGCGACGCAGCCGGCGGCGGCGAUCGAGCGCGGACGAGCGCUCGCCGAGGGCGACGGGCCACAUCGGCGCAUCGGUCGCGGGAGCGAGGACGUCCGCUGGCGCCUGCUCGACGACGCCGCGGUGAACGACGACAACGACGACCACGACGGGGGGCGCGCGUGGACCGAUCCGGGCGCCUUCGGCGCCAACGCGUCCCGCGCGUCCGUCGCGCAGUUCAUCGUCGCCACCGACGGCCGCGACGGGAUUCGCUCGUCGCUCGCGUCGGCGCUUCGUCCUUUCGACGGCUCAUUCCUCGCCGGCGUCGUCCCCGUCGCGUCGUACAUCGCCGUGGGGGGACCGGCGGCGGCGGCGGCGGCGGCGGCGCUCCCGGGGGUGACGUGGGUGGGUCCCCUCACGCCCGGGGACGUCGCGGCGGCCGCGUGGGAUCGCGUGUUGAACGAGUUGCCGAACGCGAUGGCUUCCGGAAACGUCUCGGCGCUUCUGCGCGAGCACGCCGUCGCGUCGGACGCGGACUCGGGCCGCGUGCUCCUCGAAGCCGUGCUCCCGCCGACGGACGACGAACGAGGAGGCGUGGGGGGAGGAAACACAGCUGGCGGGGGCGGCGGAGUCGGGGGCGCCGCGGGGGAUGACUCGUUUGCGGCGGCGGCGGCUCGAGCGUUUGAGCGGGGCGUGAGGUCCGCGUCGGGCGACGCCGACGCCUUCGCGCGCGUCGCCGGGCGGGGGGGCAAGGUGAUCGUCGGCGUCCUCCCAAGCGGGCUCAACGCGACGGUGCACUGGCUGGCUUCCAGCCGCGCGACGCAGUGGGUGGCGCCAAGACCCGCGGCGUCGACCCGCGGGCGCCCCCUGCGUCGGUUGACAAACAGGGAGGCGUCGGAGGUUGUGCAAGGCGCGGGUCUCGGGGCUUCGCCGUUUCACGAGGUUGGGAUCACCGGCGUCGGCCAGAUCGUCGGGUGCGGCGACACGGGCGUGGACGUGAGGCACUGCGCGUUUCAGCAGCCCGGCAAGUUUGCGAUGCGCCGAAGCAUAUCGGACGACGAGAUUGACACGGAUGGGCACGGGACUCACGUCGCCGGUUCGAUCGCGGGGGCGCUCACCGACCACGACAGCUUCGGUCCGUACGACGGCGUGGCCAAAGACGCCGGGCUGGCGUUCACGGACAUCGGCUCGCUCGCCUACGACGUGUGUUCCAAAAAUUCGUGGGAAACGUGUCUGUACAUCGCGGAUACGAUGGGCGAAGACUACUACGAACACGCGAGAGUCGCGGGCGCCAGGAUACAUUCCGACAGCUGGGGAUGGUCGUCGAAGUACUACGGGCAGGAAGUGCGCGAGAUUGACGAGUUUGCGUGGCGAAAUCCCACGUUUCUGCCGAUGUUUGCGCUCGGAAACGACGGCCGAAACGCGCAGGGCAUCCAGUACGGCGACGGGACGGUUGUGUAUUACGCCGACGGCCGAUACACCUACGGGGCACCCGCCAACGCCAAGAACAUCUUAGGCGUCGGCGCCACUCUAUCGAGUAACUCGGGAUCGGUCUCCCUCGGUUACUUCGAGGACACCAACACGUACGAGGUUGACAUCGGCGGACCGAUGGGAAAGCACUGGGAGCAUUUCAAGAUUCGGGGCUACGGCGGUCUACCCGAUCUCUCCUCGCCGCCCGGGGGUUCACACGCGAUCGACCAGGUCGCCCUCGCCGUGGCGGAUCCCCUCGACGCGUGCGACGCACUUGCCAACGACGUGGCUGGAAACAUUCUGUUGAUCAGGAACGGCACGUGCGACUACGCUGCGAAGGUUCAAAACGCCGUGGACGCUGGAGCCGUCGGGGUGAUGAUCUUCGGCAGGUACUACCUGAGCGGCCCCAUUCGUUUCAUGUCCGGCUCGUCAGAGGACGGGACGAGUGCGUACCGGGGAAACGUUCCCACGAUUCCCGUGCUGAGCAUCCCGCAGAGAGACGGCGAGUUGCUCGCCGCGAUGACGGAGGAAUACGAGCGCCUGACUGUCGGCGUUCGCGGGCCGAUACCCCUCUCGGAGACGCGUCACGAGAAUUUAGCGUCGUUCACCUCCGGAGGUCCGACCCUCGACGGGCGCAUCAAACCCGACGUCGUAGCCCCGGGGCACAACAUCAUCAGCGCGUAUCCCCUGACCGACGCCCAGGUGGCUAGCGGGGACACCUGCGGGGCGGUGAAGAUGAGCGGCACCUCGAUGGCCACGCCCGUCGCCGCGGGCGCGAUGGCGUUGCUCCGUCAGUACUUCACCGACGGCUACCACCCGUCGGGCGCCGCCAACUGCCACGACGGCUUCGAGCCGUCCGCGGCGCUGCUGCGCGCGGUCGUCAUCAACGGCGCGCAGACCAUGACUGGCUUUGAGCAGCGCUACGAAUGGAAAAACGGCAGGUACUACGCGUGGUACGCUCAGCCGAUUGAACCGGCGCCGAGCCCGCGUCAGGGCUGGGGCAGGAUCGACCUCGCCAAGUCCGUCCCGCUUCCGUCCGCGCUCAACCCGGACGCGUCCACGACGGUCGCCAACCUCGUCGUCCUCGACGGCGUCGACGGGCUCGCGUUCACGGCUUCCAAUCAGGCGCGCGGCGUCUGCGUGCACGUCGCCGAGCAGACGAACGACGAGCUUCGGGCUACUCUGGCUUGGACCGAUCCGCCGGCGGCGAUCGUCGACGGCGGCGCGCUCGUGAACGACCUCGACCUCAUCCUGUACCACCUGCCGGAGGAAACUGACGCGGAGCCGACGCAGCUGUGGCCCCUGAACGGCGCGUGGGGCACGUGGGACGACACGAACAACGCCGAGCGCGUUGUUUGGAGCUCGCCGGAUGCGGGACGAUACUGGGUCGAGGCGCUGGCGUGGAGCCUCGACGGCGGAGACCAGGCGUUCGCGCUGGCCGUCAGCGGCAGGUUCGAGCGGUGGGGCGGGGACGAGUUGACGAGGGAGGGGUGCCUGACGAACGAGAGGUUUCCCGCGCCGCCAGCGGCGGCGAUGGACAACCGACCGUGCGAAAAGCCGCCUCCUCCUUCUCCUCCUUCUCCUCCUUCUCCUCCUUCUCCUCCGCCUCCUCCGCCGCCGAGCCCGCCGCCUCCUCCGCCGCCGUCUCCACCACCGCCGAGGCCGCCUCCACCGCCGAGCCCGCCGCCGCCAGUGCACGAGCCGCCGCCGAGCCCGCCUCCGCCGCCGAGCCCGCCGCCGCCGACGCCAGAUGCGCCGCCGCCGAGCCCACCGCCGCCGCCGCCGUCGCCGCCGCCGUCGCCGCCACCCUCUCCGCCACCCCCGCCGAGCCCUAUGCCGCCGCCGCCGCCGUCGCCACCACCGCCGAGGCCGCCUCCACCGCCGAGCCCGCCGCCGCCGGUGCACGAGCCGCCGCCGAGCCCGCCUCCGCCGCCGAACCCGUCGCCACCGCCGCCGAGCCCGAUGCCGCCACCGCCGAGCCCGAUGCCGCCGCCACCAUCGCCGCCGCCGCCGAGCCCGCCGCCGCCGAGCCCGAUGCCGCCGCCACCAUCGCCGCCGCCGCCGAUCCCGUCGCCGCCGCCGCCGCCGCCGACGCCGCGGUCCCCUCCCCCCGCGCCCCCGCCGCUUCCCGGGGACGUGGAUCCCACCCCCGCGUCGCCCCCCGUGACCGGUCGCGCGGUCGACGGGUACCUGGCGCGGUGCCCCGUCUUCGUCGACGUCGACGGCGACGGCCUCCCCGGCCGGGACGAGCCGCGGGCGACGACUGACAGGCUCGGCGGCUUUGCGGUGCCGAGGACCGACUCGUGGCGCCGAGGCGGCUCGCACGCUUACGUCGUCGUCGCCGCCGCGGGUGACCCGGAUUGCGUGGACUCGUUCACGCUCGCGGCGCCGGGCAUGUCGCGCCUGACGUCCGCGGAGCCCGUGGAUCCGACCGAGCACGACGACGGCGGCGUCGUGAUGGUCACGCCCCUGACCACCGUCGCGGCGGCGAUUGCGAAAAGGCGGGGGACGACGACUGGCGACGCCAAGGCUAUGGUCAACGACGCGCUCAGCCUCGACGCGUCGAUCGACGUGUCGCGCGUCGACCCGGUCGGCGCGGUCGCCGACGGCGACGGCCACGAGCUCGUGGUGGCGACGUCGCUGGUCGCGAACCUGGUCUCGGCGUUAUCCGCGCUGUUAACCCCCGCGUGCGGCGGCGACGCCGGACAAGCGGAGACGUUCGUGUUGAACGCGGUGGCUGAUUUGAUCCACGACGCUGGGACGACGGGCGGCGAUUUCCGAGGGAGGAGGAGGAUACUGGACGGGCACGUCGACCUGGAGUCCACGCGCACGGUGUCGGCGCUCGCCAACGACUCCAUCGAGGGCGCGGUGGCCGGCGGGGUUGUCGGAGACGCAAUCAACGCGAUUAGCGCCGAAGCCGUCGCCGCCGUCGCCGAGGUUUCCGUCGGGUCCGCUCGCGUGCUCCGCGCCGCCGCCGCGGAUGGCGCCGGGCUCCACCCGGACGACCCGAUGGCGGUGGUCCGCUCCGCCUCCGCCGUCGCCGCGGUGAUGCAGGGACCGGGCGUGCGGGGCGCCAUCGCGGAGGUUGCGGCGAGCGGCGGAGGGUCAAAUCUCGCGAACUGUCCGGGGUUCGCCGCGUUGACGGAGCUGAGCUCGCCGGGGAAGAUGGCGGCGGCGGUGACGGUGGCGGAGCUCAGCCUGCCGGCCAUCGAGGUGGCGCGCGCGCCCCCCAUGCCGCCCCCGCCGCUCAUGCCGCCGCCCCCGCCGCUCAUGCCGCCCCCGCCGCCUGACGAGCGUGAUUCAUCGGUCGAGGCGUCGUCCCGUACAUCCGCGAUGUAUGAAUCAUCCGACGUCGUCCCCGAGUCGAAGAAAGCUCCGUCGUUUGGCGUCGUCGUCGGCGUCGUCGUCGGCGCCGUGGCGUCGGUCUCGUGCGCCCUCGCGGCGUGCCGCGGUCGACGUACAGGGCGGGAACAACGCGGCGCGUACCGGGUGGACGCCAAGGGGAGAAGGGUCAUCGGCGGAGGCGCGUCUUCGUCAUUUAUUGCGUUUGACGUGGAUCGAGCGACACAGCUGGCGGCGGCGGGGUCGCCUCGCGAGGGUUUCGCUCGGCGCGGUUGAUUCGUUCAUUAUUCUUUUAGUCUUUUAGCAGUUGUCAGACGACGUAGAGUAGCAACAGAACGACGCGAACGGCGCCGGAUGGACGUCCGACUCCCCCCCCGUUCAGACGUGUGAUAUCGCAUCGUGUCGUGUCGUCACGGGAGCCUCCCUCGGUAAGUGUUGGACCUGAAAAUGGUGCACGCCAACAAGCCCAGACGGCGUUUCCUGCCGGUUCCAAACCCGUCCGCGCGCGAAGGGCUCCCGUUCCCCGCGGCGAGUCCCCACCGUUUUCCGCGUCGCGGCGAGUAUGCUCACGCCGUCCGUGGCGCGCGC